UGAGAUGUUCACACAGGAGAAAAGGAGGGGAGGAAGGGAAUUUAGGAGGUGGGGAAAGGGAGUUUAGGAGUGGCGUUCACAUUUUGAGUUUAUUCCUCUUGAUGUCCCCAUCCUGAACUGUGAUGACGGUGGUGGUGGCUCAUUUCUAGCUAUCAUGAGUGUUGUUUUGAUGUAAACAAGUGGACAAAAUGUGUUUGAGGCAGCUGUGGAAGUAAACGCUGGAUGAGGAUGAGUAAAGUCAAAGUGGAGGAGAGCAUCAUGUCUUACCUGUCACAGAGUGAGACUGACACCAGCACCAAAGACUUGAAUGUAGUGGCCAUGCUCCAUAACUUCUGGGAGCAGAGGCAGAUGAGCCAGUCGAACGGCUCCUCCAGUGAGUCCAACGGUUCUGUUGGGGAUGCAGCCGUCCAGACAGAGAGCUUGCUGCUGUACGAGUCUGCACCGUCCCCUGGUCCCCCGUACAUCUGCUAUGUCACCCUGCCGGGAGGAAGCUGCUUUGGCAACUAUAAGGUGUGUGAGACUCAGGCAGAAGCUCGGAGGGACGCAGCUCGCGUCGCGCUCAUGAACUCUCUUGUGAACGAGCUGCCGUGUCGACGCAUCAACCCCCAGUUCAUCACUCAGAGUUUGCAGCAGGCGGCCACAGAUAGUGCUGUCUCUGUAGAAGAUGCAUGUGACUCGAGCACCAGUAUAGGAACCUACAGUUUGCUGCUCCACUCCUACAUAGGAAGAACCAUGCUGGAGUUCCAGGAGAUGAUGACAAUUUUCCAGCUGUUGCACUGGAACGGGACACUGAAGGCUCUGAGGGAACGACAGUGCUCUCGACAGAGUGUGAUUAACUAUUACUCUCAGCGAGGACUUGGUGAGUACAUGCGCAGCAGUUUGGCUCUGGACUGGCUCGGACGGGAGCAGAGGACACCAGGGCGACUCGGGGAAGAGCUGCAGGUGGCACAAAGGGAGUUGGUGUUGGCCCGACGUCGAGGCAUAGAGCUGCGCUUCUACAAGGAAAAGACAGAGAUCCUUAGCUUGGCUCUGAGUCAAGCAUACAUUCACCACACACCUGAGGCCUUCAGCCAAGCAUCGAGUCACACAUACAAGCAAGAACAACUUCCUUUACACACAUUUUACAGCCAGGACACAGAAGUCCAGAUAACCCCACCCUGCAGUCCUUCACCAACCUUUCAUAAACGCACAAAGUCAACAGUCCGUCAAACCUCUGGCAAACACAUUUCCUCCGACAGUUCUUCACCAUGCUCAGAGCAGAUGUUUACGCCUUUAAAUAACUUUGAAUAGACUGAAGCAGAAGGUAGAGGCUGGAUAAUAAAAGUGUGAGGGCAAAACAUAUCAAACAUGCUCAUGGUCUUCAGGAUUUCUGUAAACAUAAGAGCACUGUAAUCAUGAGUAUAUUAACAAUGCUCUAACCUUAUUAACACUCUUUUGUGACUAUAGGACUUUAAGAUGUGUGUAGUGUAUUUACAGCACAUGGAAUGAAACAUUCAUUGAUUUAAAUCAAUUAGCAGGAAAUGUGGUUGAAUAGUAGCAGUGACCAUUUAUCUAUUUUUGUAUGAAGAGCACUCGACUGCCUUUGCUUUUGUGUAUGUUGAAUUAUAAUGUCUUUUUGAGAGGUAUACUAGGUAUACUAUGGUACGCAGUGUCACUUGUAACUUAAAAUACAGGAAUUAUUUAAAUACGUUAGUGUAUAAACUGCUUCACUGGCAACUCUGUACUCCUCCAUGCCUCACUUGUCCUUCCCCCUCCUCUGUCCAUCAUGUUAGUCUGGUUUGUAUGAUGGUAGAUUGAUAUAUGAUAGGGGAUGGUUGGUCAGGUCCACUGCUGAUAUAAUUAUGAUAGCCAGCACUUACUAUGCUCUUCGUGAUAAGAUGCAUACAGGAGAGCAAGAGCAUUGAAUUAUCUUAAGUUUGAUUUAGUUGUAAAUUGACUUGUAUAUGUUAUAUAGCACCUUUCUGAUUUACAGACAACUCAAAGAGCUUUUUACAACACACACACACAUACGCUGACGGUGCAAGGUGCCAACUACACAUCAGGAGUGAUACAGCACUUUUCAUUUGAAGGAUCACCUGUACACACACAUUCACACACUGAUGGGAGCUUCAUCAGGGUUCAUUAUCUGCUCAAGGCUACUUCGACUAGACCGAGGUAGCUGGGAAUUGAACCUACAACCCUCUGAUUACUACUGUACCACCUGAACCACAGCCAUAAGUGAAUGCAUUUUAAAGGGGAAAUGUUUUA